AUGCUGUUCGCAGCACCCCUCGUCCUCCUCGCUCUCUCCGCUAUCGGCGUGCGCGCUGGCAAGAUGACCGAAGGCGAAGCCUGCGACCCGUCCCGCAACCGCCUCGACCAGGGCACCUACAACUUCCUUAGCGACUGUGACCCCCAGACGUAUUGCGGGCCAGACAACACUUGCCUCAAGCGCGGAUGUCGUCGCGACAUUUACCCCUACGGCUACUAUGGUACACCGUACGACCAGCUCCCUUCCCUCUGCAAAGAGACCGAGUUCUGCCCCGACGAGGGAAGUGGUUGCCUACCCAAGAGCCCGCUGGGCGGCCCUUGCCAGAAAGAUCGCGAUGACCAGUGCCAGCCCCCACCCAACCAGAAGGAUCUGGCGUCGUACCUCAACGUCAAUGGAUCGAUCUGCCUCGGCUUCCAGUGCUACUAUGCCAACGUGGAGAUUGGCCAGCCUUGCAUCUUUGACAACACUUGGUACGAGGGCAUUGCGGACGACGGCACCACAUUCUCGUACAUGGUCUCGCGUGACAACUGCCGCAAGAACACGUACUGCGACGGCUCGACGGCUCUGUGCAACCAGAAGCGCGACAAGGGCCAGGGAUGCACGGCCAACAAGGAGUGCAAGUCGUACAACUGCGUCAUCGCCAAAUCUGGAGAGUCUGGCGUGUGUGGUCGUGAGGCCGACGAGCCCCUCAAGCCCAAGACGUGGGUGUACGUGGUGAUUGGCCUCGCAAUCGUCAUCUGUCUCGUUGGCGUCAUGGGGGGCCUGUGGCUCCUCCACCGCCGCGCGCGCGAGGAGAACCAGGUCAAGCUCCAGGAGUACUACAACGAGCAGAUUGCGUACCGCCAGUCCAUCAUGAGCAUGUCGCACGCCAAGAACAGCCUCCUUUCCUUACCUGUAAACACGUCGGCCGACGCCGCGCGCGCCUCGCUCUAUACCGAGCAGGACAGUAUGGGGCUCUCGACUUCGAAUGGCCUCCUUCCUCCAAACAUUCGCCGUGAGGCGAGCCAGGCGGGUUCGGACGACUCGGAGGUGUUACUCAUGGACCAGCAGGGCCAGGGCAACAACAUGCGCUACCGCGGUUAA